CCAGGCUCACUGGCUCACACGAGCUGAUUCAAGAGCAAGAUCAAGACGCGUGCCUUGUACUCUCUACACUCAAACUAUUUUCGGACUACGACUCUUUGCAAGAUAACUUAUCCAAGCCAAGCGUAUCCACCAAGACAAACGAUGUGCACUGCAAUGGAGACCGCAUACUCUGACAUCGACAGCUCCAGCUGCGACUACUUUACGCUCACAGAUGACGAAACCUCACACAGCAGCAUGCACUCUGCCUCCCCUGAAUCACUUGGAAAGCCCGCCUCUCCCAUGAGCGACAGCCAGGGCAGCUGCGUGCCUGAGCAGCAGCAGAAGAAGAGACGCAGAGGGCGGGCGAGGAACGAAGGAACUGUGCAUGUUGUCAAGAAGAACCGCCGCGUGAAGGCAAAUGACCGCGAGAGAAACAGAAUGCACAACCUGAACGAUGCUUUGGACACCCUCAGGGGCAUCCUCCCAGCAUUUCCAGAUGAAACCAAGCUCACCAAGAUCGAGACUCUGCGCUUUGCGCACAAUUACAUUUGGGCACUCUCCGAGACCAUUCGAAUUGCUGACCUGACCCAAAACAAGUCGCGAGAUAAGCCUCUCGUUCUACCGAGCCUGUCGUGCGUAACCGAAGCUCCAAGCCCCGGGAGCGAUGCUGGCUCUUGGGGUUCCAGUGCAUCGUCUUCUUCCUCGUCCCCGGCGUAUUGCACUUCCACCCCCAGCAGCCCGGCAGCAACAGAUGAUUACGGAUUUCUGCAGACAGAUGUUAUGUACAGCUACCACAGCUUUGCUUCGAGCGUUUAUUAACAACAGUAGCCUGCAUUUUAGAUGUUCGUGCGGUCAUAACUGAGAGGGUUUUGACGAUGUUUCCGUUAUUUUGUGAAGAGAAAACGGAAUGAGACGGUUCAUAUUCACUAUUUGCCUUAACCACGUCUCUGUGGGUAUUUUAUACUGUUGAUUUUCUAUUUACAUGUUCUAAUAUUCGAUUGCAUAUGAAAUAACUUAAUUUCCCCCCGAGUUUUGUAUAAUUAUUUUGCUACGUUUAUUCGUCCAAACCCUUUGCACUUUUGCAGCGCAUUCAACACAGGCUACUACUACAGGUCCACUUCACAAUAUUGACCCCAACCUCAAGAGUAUUAUAAUUAAAAAGAACAAGACAGAUUUGCUUUUGCAGACUGAGGUGAAAAGUCAAUUUUACAAUUUGUAGAGUGAUAAUGCAGAAAAACGAGCGUGGAAAUUCAGUUUCAACGGUCUGACAAUGGAUUGAAAGGCCGUCAAAAGACAAGGACCUGGCCUCAUGCAUUAUAUAUUUU